CACUUCCUCAGUCGCUAGCAGUGCUACGCGGUGAGCAGCAGAGAGGGGGACACUCAUGGCUCAGUCCACUAACUCCACCGAGCGCGAACCCGCCAGCAACAGGAACCAGACCAGGAUAGAGGCAUCCUGCCUGGAGCUGGCCCUGGAGGGGGAAAGACUGUGCAAGGCCGGGGACUUCAAAGGCGGGACGGCAUUCUUUGAAGCGGCCGUCCAGGUGGGCACGGAGGACCUGAAGACCCUCAGCGCCAUCUACAGCCAGCUGGGCAACGCCUACUUCUACCUGAAAGAGUACAACAAGGCCCUGGAGUACCAUCGACAUGACCUGACCCUGGCCAGGACGAUAGGGGAUAGGAUCGGGGAGGGCAAAGCCAGCGGGAACUUGGGGAACACCCUGAAGAUCCUGGGGCGCUUCGACGAAGCGGGGGUGUGCUGCCAGCGACACCUGGACAUCUCUCAAGAGCAGGGGGACAGGGUGGGAGAGGCCAGAGCCCUGUAUAACAUCGGAAACGUGUUCCACGCCAAGGGCAAACAGCAAGCAUGGGGCUGUGCCCACGACCCGGGAGAUCUACCCUCUGACGUAAGGAAUACCCUGAAGAGGGCCACUGCCUUCUACGAGAUGAACCUGUCAUUGGUCAAGGAGCUGGGUGACAGGGCCGCCCAGGGGAGGGCUUACGGAAACCUGGGGAACACCCACUACCUGCUGGGAAACUUUGUGGAGGCCAUCAAGUUCCACCAGGAGAGACUAGCCAUAGCCAAAGAAUUUGGUGAUAAAGCGGCGGAACGGCGAGCCUACAGUAACCUAGGCAACGCCCUCAUAUUCCUGGGGCAGUUCAGGCCUGCCACUGAGUAUUACAGAAAGACUCUGCAGCUCUCCCACCAGCUGAAAGACCAGGCGAUGGAGGCUCAGGCCUGCUACAGUCUGGGUAACACCUACAGUCUGCUGCAGGAGCACCAACGUGCCAUCGACUACCACCUCAAACACCUGCUCAUAGCCCAGGAGCUGAGGGACAGGAUUGGGGAAGGCCGUGCUUGCUGGAGCCUGGGAAACGCUUUCCUGUCUCUGGGGGACCACAGACAGGCUCUGCUCUACGCCCGAAAACACCUGGACAUCUCCCGAGAGAUCGGAGACCGAAGUGGCGAGCUGACCGCGCGCAUGAACAUAAAGCAGCUGAUGGAGUCGCUGGGUGCGGCCAGAGGUGACCUUUCACCCUGCGGGUCAGAGUUCGAAGUGCAAGGAGCCAGACCAAAAUUCUGCCAGAGGAGCAGUAUGGAAAGUUUGGAUUUGUGGAAAUGCCCUUCGGAAAAGGGUCAGAAAGGACACAAUCAGGACGUGGAGGUCGUGUCAAGAGGAACCAGGGGUCAUUUGGCCUGCCCAAUCAGGAGGAAGGGCCAUGCUGACGGCCAAUCCGAUGAAUCCGAGUGGCUUGAUUGGCAGGACUCCCCAGUCGACACUGAAGACAUUACAGUACAAGUGACCCCUCCGAAGCUAGGCCGGGAUCCCUCAGGCGAGGACUGCUUCUUCGACCUGCUCAGCAAGUUCCAGAGCAGCCGCAUGGAUGACCAGCGCUGCCACUUUGAUGAGCCGGCGGACGACCCCUGCUCCCUCCUGACAUCACCCCAGGUGGAGGAGCUGUUUGACCUGAUCGCCAGCUCCCAGAGCCGCCGGCUGGAUGACCAGCGGGUAAGCGUGGGGAACCUUCCGGGCCUGCGCAUCACCCACAACAACCUGGGCCAUCUGUGCGGGGACGCCGACCUUCAGGAGCCCGGGGACGACUUCUUCAACAUGCUCAUUAAGUGCCAGUCCUCCAGGAUCGAUGACCAGCGCUGCUCCCCUCCAGAGCCGGGCCCCCGGGCCCUAACAGUGCCGGACGAGGACUUCUUCAGCCUGAUCCAGAGGGUGCAGGCCAAGCGCAUGGACGAGCAGCGGGUGCACCUCCGCUCUGAGGAGGAGGAGGAGGAGGAGGAGGAGGAAGGGCCGGAACCAGCGCCUCCUGGUGGGGACCCCAGCUAAACCAGGCCAGGACAUGAGCACCAUGCCUUCCCUCUGAAAUAUGUACAUAUCUAUACUGCAUACGCUGUGAGACCCUUUGAGCAGAUCGGGCGAGAUGAAGUCAAGUUCAGGUCCCGGGCUGAAAUUCAGCCCCCCCAGGCAACCAGGAAGCUCCAUACAUUCCUGAAACAGGAAGCGCAGGGAUGGCAAUCCCAGGCGGAUUUCCUGCUAGAGCCAAACCUGUGGAACAUCGUGUUCAUGGAGAAAGGUCUGUCUGCAGCCCGGGAUAAAUCAGGGCCCACAAUCAUUAAGAGUACAAUUAAGAGUUAAGAGCGUUCUUAACUGUGGACUUAAAGUGCAAAAGAAGAAAAAGAAAUGCACACAUCUUGCACUAUCUAUUGUAGUUAUAACUGCUAUGGGAAAGUUAUAGCAAAAAUUCCAAGUGACUUUUUCCUGUUUGUUUUAUUUAAAUAGAUUUUUAAUCACAUUUUGGGUUUAAACAACAAAAUGGAUGUAAAUAGCAGGACUAAUGUAGACUUUGAAUAAUAUUUUUUCUUAAAAAGACAUUCAGACAGGGGGUUUAAACCAUUCAUUUUUGUCUGUUUAUAUUCAGGUUAUAUUCAAAAUCAAUGGUAUUUAGAAGGAUGGUAUUAAUAUAAAAAUAUGAAUGAUAUAUUUUAACAAAUAAUAUGAAUAAUGAAGAUUGGUUGACACAUUUACAGUCACUUUGAUUUUAAUUGCAGUAUUAGUCAGAAUAAACACCUUUACCUGCCUUUCCCUCACCCACUA